CCUCUCUGUAUCACAAACCAACAAAGCCACCCAAACUCUACUUACACAAUUCCCCUUCCCCACCUCUCAUGCUUAAACCAUGUCCAACCCUCCACCACCACCACCAACAUCACCCUUACCUUCAAGCCUCCACCAUCAACCACCGUACAUCACCGCAACAACCACCCUCACUACAACAAACAACCGUGAGUACCGCAAAGGAAACUGGACAAUCCAAGAAACUCUAACCCUCAUCACAGCCAAAAGACUAGACGAUGAACGCCGUGCCAAACCUUCCACAAGCUCACCUUCAAAACCUGGAGAACUAAGGUGGAAAUGGGUCGAAAACUAUUGCUGGGAUCAUGGCUGUUGCCGUAGCCAAAACCAAUGUAACGACAAGUGGGAUAACCUCCUCCGUGACUACAAAAAGGUCCGACAGUACCAAUCAUCCCAAUCCCAACCCUCUGAUCAUCACCUCCCCUCUUACUGGUCCAUGGAAAGACACCAACGUAAGCUCCAUAACUUGCCUACAAACAUGUCUCUUGAAGUCUUCGAAGCCCUUAACGACGUCCUUCAAACAAAAUACAACACCCACCAACAUCAACAACAACAACAACAACAGCAGCAGCAGCAACAACAACAACAACCUCAGCAACCUUCGGUUUCUCAAUCAUCAGAGCAACUACCUGUCAGAACAGAUCAACAGGCACCGGAGAUUGAAGCUCCGGUAACAAUUCCAGAAGAGUCGGAUUCUUUAGAGACAGAAUCGAGUACUGAAAAUCUGGAUUCAGAGACCAAACGAAAAAAAGUUAGGAAACUUGGUUCAAGCAUAAUGCGUAGUGCUUCAGUUUUGGCCCAAACCCUUAAAAGCUGCGAGGAGAAGAAAGAGAAACGACACCAAGAAGUGAUGGAACUUGAACAACGUCGACUUCAAGUUGAAGAAACUCGAAACGAAGUGAACCAGAAAGGAAUUAAUGAUCUUGUUGCUGCCAUGACCAACUUAUCUGGUGCAAUUCAGUCCCUUAUUGCCACUCAUUAUGAUCAAACGUGAAAUAUGUGGAACUGGAAUCGGCUUCGGGGUUUACAAUCUCAAAGUCGAACUUUAUUACUAGUAAAAUUUUACGUACUCAAUUAAUUAUUUUUAGACUCUGCUCAAUUCUUUUCUUGAUAUAUAAAAAUAUAAUAUUGGCACACUGAUUUAGUAGCUAGUACUGAAAAAAAUUAUAUUUUGUGA